CUUCAGUAGUUACGGCGCUGGUGUUCCGGAUGGACAUAAUUUUCGUUCUAAGUGUGAAAGAGGAAAAUUUGCUUUUUGAAAAAAUGUGUAAAUAGUGCGAUUUUCUCUAGCUAAAUAGUUGUGAAAACCACUGAGAGUGCAGCUGCAGUCACGGUGGUGUCCUUUUGUGUUGUUUGUGUGAGUUCUCGUGCAUUUUCUGGGCUGUUUUUGAGUGAUUGAAAAUUUGGUGGGUAAAUCCACACACACAGUGCGAAAAAGAGGAGGAGGAUUUUGUGAGGAGAAAAAAAUGGCAACGGAUAAAGUCAAAGUGGCCGUUCGUGUGAGACCCUUCAACCGACGAGAGUUGGAGCUUGGGACACAAUGUGUGGUGGAAAUGGAGGGUCAGCAGACCAUUCUGCACAAUGUUACGAAUAUGGAUAAAAUGGAUCGAAAACAACCAAAGACAUUCGCUUUUGAUCACUGCUUCUAUUCAACGGACUACGAUGCAACACAUUUUGCGUCACAGGAAACAGUAUUCGAUUCCGUUGGCAGAGACAUCCUGGACAAUGCAUUUCAGGGAUACAAUGCAUGUAUAUUUGCAUACGGACAGACAGGAUCUGGAAAGUCCUACACAAUGAUGGGCACGGGAGAUAGCAAAGGAAUCAUUCCACGUCUCUGUGAUGAGCUCUUCUAUGAAAUUUCCCAUCGACAGACCCCGGAUUUGUCGUACAAAGUGGAAGUGAGCUACAUGGAGAUUUACAAUGAGAAGGUGCACGAUCUCCUCGAUCCAAAGCCCAAUAAGCAGAGUCUGCGCGUGCGUGAGCACAAUGUCCUUGGGCCCUAUGUAGAUGGGUUGUCGCAGCUGGCUGUGACGUCCUUCCUGGACAUUGACAGCCUCAUGGCGGAAGGGAAUAAAUCCCGAACGGUGGCAGCGACAAAUAUGAAUGCGGAAUCAUCUCGAUCGCACGCCGUGUUCUCCGUCGUGCUCACGCAGACACUCACGGAUCGCGAUACAAAUGUGAGCGGUGAGAAGGUGUCAAAAAUCUCCCUGGUGGAUUUGGCGGGAAGUGAGAGAGCCGUGAAGACGGGAGCUGUGGGUGAUAGGCUGAAGGAGGGGAGCAACAUUAAUAAAUCCCUCACGACGCUGGGUCUUGUGAUAUCGAAGCUGGCCGAUCAGUCGGGUGGGAAGGCGCGAAAUGACAAAUUUGUCCCGUACCGGGAUUCCGUGCUCACGUGGUUGCUGAAGGACAAUCUCGGUGGGAAUUCGCGAACUGUGAUGGUGGCCACAAUUUCUCCGGCGGCAGACAACUACGAGGAGACCCUGUCGACGCUCCGCUAUGCGGAUCGUGCAAAGAGAAUUGUGAAUCAUGCUGUGAUCAAUGAGGAUCCCAAUGCGAGAAUAAUCAGGGAGCUAAGGCGCGAAGUGGAGCAACUCAGGGAGAUGCUGAAGCAUGCCACGGGGAGCCCAGUGGGGGAUAUUCAGCGUGGUGACAUUCACGACAAAUUGGCCGAGAGUGAGAAUCUUAUGAAGCAGAUCUCGCAGACGUGGGAGGAGAAGCUCGUGAAGACGGAACGGAUACAGAAUGAGCGGCAGCAGGCGCUGGAGAAGAUGGGUAUUAGUGUUCAGGCGAGUGGGAUAAUGGUGGAGAAGAACAAGUACUACCUUGUUAAUCUCAAUGCGGAUCCCUCCCUCAAUGAGCUGCUGGUGUACUACCUGAAGGAGCGUACCCUCGUGGGGGGACGUAGUGUGGCACAGCAACCGGAUAUCCAACUCCUCGGGUUGGGUAUUCAGCCGGAGCACUGCACAAUCACCAUUGAGGACGGGGGGUUGUUUAUGGAGCCCAUAAAUAAUGCCCGGUGCUGCGUCAAUGGGUUUCCGGUGGCGGAUAAAACGGCACUCCACAAUGGGGACAGGAUUCUCUGGGGGAAUCAUCACUUCUUCAGGGUCAAUUGCCCCAAAGGCGCCACCGCUGGGGGGUUCAGUAGUGUGGCGUCCGAACCCCAGACCCCGGCACAGCCGAUCGAUUACAACUUCGCCCGGGAGGAGUUGAUGCAGAAUGAGUUGAGUAAUGAUCCCAUUCAGACGGCCAUUGCACAGCUCGAACGGCAGCACGAGGAGGACAAGCAAGUGGCGCUCGAGAAGCAGAGACAGGAGUACGAGAAGCAAUUUCAGCAGCUGCGAAAUAUUCUGUCACCAACCACUCCAUACGCCCCAUAUGCUCCAUAUGACCCCAUCCGUAUGGGUAAGAUAACCCCGUGCACCCCCACGACACAGAUGCGCAUGGAGAAGUGGGCACAGGAGCGCGAUGAGAUGUUCAGGCGGUCCCUGGGGCAGCUCAAGACGGACAUAAUGCGUGCCAAUGCCCUCGUGCAGGAGGCCAAUGUCCUUGCGGAGGAGAUGGAGAAGAAGACCAAAUUCAGCGUCACGCUGCAGAUUCCACCGGCGAAUCUCAGUCCAAAUCGCCGAAGAGGAGCCUUCGUGAGUGAACCGGCCAUCCUGGUGCGUCGCAUGAAUCAGGGCAGUCAAAUCUGGAGUAUGGAGAAGCUGGAAAACAAACUCAUUGACAUGCGAGAGAUGUAUCAGGAGUUCAAGGAUCGUCCAAUGGCAAUGGCAAUUGAGGAGCCACCGGAAUUAAUUAUACCAGAUGACGAUGAAGAGGAUGAGAGCAAAAAGGCAAUGGAUCCAUUCUAUGAGUCUCAGGAAAAUCACAAUCUUAUCGGUGUUGCCAACAUUUUCCUCGAAGUUCUCUUCCAUGACGUCAAGUUGGACUACCACACGCCAAUUAUAAGUCAACAAGGUGAGGUAGCUGGUCGCUUGCAGGUGGAAGUAACGCGGAUAGCCGGGCAAAUGCCGCAGGAUCGGAUGUGCGAGACGGGAUCGGAUAAUUCCUCCGAGGGCAGCCGGGAUGAUGAGUAUGGGUGCGAUGGGGUGUCGAAUCAAAUAACCUGCCGUGUGAGCAUAAAGCAAGCCACGGGGCUACCCAUUUCGCUCUCCAACUACGUCUUCUGCCAGUACACCUUCUGGGGGCAUCAGGAGACCGUUGUGCCCGUUGUCAAUUCCGAACUGAUCAGCCACAAUGAGAAUAAUAUCUACAAAUUUGAGCACGUGCAGGACUACACGGUGCAGGUGAGCGAGGAAUUUCUCGAGCAUGCCGCCGAGGGGGCGUUGAGUAUUGAAGUUUGGGGCCACAGAUCGAUGGGCUUCUCGCAGUCGAAGGAGUGGGAGGUGGAGCACAAGGAAGCCAAAGCACGGAGUCUUGUUGAUCGAUGGGCUGAGUUGUCGCGGAAAAUUGAGCUCUGGGUGGAGAUUCAUGAGCUGAAUGACAAUGGGGAGUACACACCGGUUGAGGUGUCGAAUAGGAAUGAAGUUCUCACGGGUGGUGUGUACCAGGUGCGUCAGGGGCAGCAGCGGAGGAUUCAGGUGCGCGUCAAGCCAGUCCAGAACUCCGGCACAUUGCCCAUAAUUUGCCAGUCAAUUCUCAGCAUUGCCGUGGGCAGUGUGACGGUGCGAUCACGCCUCCAGAAGCCGCUGGAUUCGUACCAAGAGGAAGAUCUCACGGUGCUGCGAGAUAAGUGGAGUGAAGCACUGGGCAGGAGGCGGCAGUACCUUGAUCAGCAGAUUCAGAAACUCAUCAAUAAGGAUGACAAAUCGGACGAGGAGAAGGAACGCGAAUUGAGUCUCGUACAUCAGUGGGUAUCGCUGACUGAGGAGCGAAAUGCCGUUCUUGUUCCCGCACCCGGCUCUGGGAUUCCCGGUGCACCAGCUUCGUGGGAUCCAUCACCGGGAAUGGAGCCGCAUGUACCUGUUCUCUUCCUCGACCUCAAUGCCGACGAUCUGACCACCCAAAAUGCCACGGAUGAGCUCUCUGUUGUGGGACUCAACUCCAUUCUGCCAAAGGAGCACGGCAAUAAAUUCUACACGUUGCAGCUUCUCCAGCAUCUGGAUAAAGAUAUCUGCGCCAUUGCCAGUUGGGACUCAUCUAUGCACGAUAGUCAAUCACUUAAUCGCGUCACAGAAGCAAAUGAACGAAUCUAUUUAAUAUUGAAAACGACUGUAAGACUGUCACAUCCUGCCCCAAUUAAUUUAGUUUUAAGGAAACGCCUAGCACUGAAUAUUUACAAGAGGCAGAGCCUGACGGAUCGCAUCAAGAAGUUCCGUCUGGGGCGCUUUGACAACACGAUAACACAGACGGGUGUCACAUACGAGGUUGUCUCGAAUAUCCCCAAAGCCAGCGAGGAGCUGGAGGAGCGUGAAUCACUGGCACAGAUUGCCGCCAAGGGGGAGGAUUGUUCAGCAAGUGAUGGUGAAACUUAUAUUGAGAAAUACACAAAGGGAGUGUCUGCCGUUGAGAGCAUCCUCACGUUGGACAGGUUGAGGCAGAGUGUGGCUGUGAAGGAAUUGGAACAAGCCCAGGGGCAACCGUUGUCCAUGAGAAAGACCGUCAGUGUACCCAACUUCUCACAGAUAAUGCGAUUCGACACAUCAAUGGAGUCACUUAUCACAGUUGGACGCUCCGAAUCAUUUGCUGAUUUGAAUAAUCCAGAAUAUGGGGUGUCUCGGUCGUUUAUGGCUUCACAAGUUCAUCGUGAUCUCUUCUCUCAAUCGGGAAAUAGUCGCGAUUUUGGCAUGAGGAGUCGCCACAGUUUUGGCGGAAAGGGCGGAAGUGAGGAUGCAAUGCCCGGAAGUGGAAAACCAUUUGGCAUAGCUCGACCGACCUUCCUUAAUCUCAAUUUGAAUCUAAACUCAUUGAGGUUGCAGCAGCCGACAAAACCAUCACCAGCUAAUAGCAAAUUGGGUGGUUUCCGCAUGACAACCCUCCAUGAGGAGCCACUUGGGCAGAAGGCCCUCCUGGAGGAACCGGAGGACAGCUACAGUGACCCAGAGUAUGGGGACUAUGAAGCGUAUGAGGUGAAAGCUUCGCAGAAAGUGAAGACAAUGUCCCGAAUGACAGGAUCCAGGACAAUGGACUCCCUCAUGGACAUUGGAAGUUCCUCUGGGCACCUCAUGAACUUCACCAGCACUUCCACAUCGUCGAAUUCCUCAACAACGUCAUCCAAUUCAUCAGCUUCAAGCGGGGCUGGUGGUGCUGGCCAGGCCGCGGUGCUGAAGAACAGCACCGGAGCUGGAACACCGAGUAUGAGCUCAUCAGCUUCAAGUGGCUACGGGUCCCAGGCGGUCUCCUUGGGGAAUCUCACGAGUGACGACGCGUUGUCGCUGCGAUCGAUGAGUGUCGAUGAGACACCGGAUCUCGAUAGAUCUUCCUCGGCAUCCCCACCAACGAGAAAUGCUCGCACUGUGCCCGAAGCUACGACACCCUAUACGCCAAAUCAGAAGCGCGUUAAUCCCUUCCUCAAGGACAUGGUGACCGUCGAUGCUGCCACGGAAGUCCGUAAGCCCCUCACACCGACCAAAGAGCACCCCCUGCAGGAUCUUGCGGAGGAAGUGAGGAAUUCCGAUGAUGAGGACGAUGAGGAAUUGAGUAAUUACACCGCUGAGAAAAACUUCCCUGCUGUUGAUAUCAAUGAGAAUCGUCCCGUGAAGGAGGAUGAUUCGGGAUCUGAUGCCAGUGGGAGGAAUCGCAAUGGGCAGGAUGCCAUGAAGGUCAUUAAGAGGAAGAAGAGUCAAAAUUCAGGGCUCAAUAAUUCAAAUAGAGCUUCAUCCGAGACGGAUUCAUCCGAUAAAAUGGAAGAUGACAUCCAAGGCAAGGCGAUCGAUGCAAAUGUCCCCGAGUGGGUUGUUGUGGGUGAGAGUGUCCUCAUUCGCCCCUACAAUACAAGUGGAGUUAUUAGUUUUGUCGGCGGAACUCAUUUCCAGGGCGGCACGUGGGUUGGCGUGGAAUUGGACACCCCCACUGGGAAGAACGAUGGAACUGUCCAAGGUAUCACGUACUUCACAUGCAAGCCCAAGCACGGCAUUUUCGUGCGAGCUGAUAAAUUGAUUUUGGACAAACGAGGACGCGCCAUGAGAACGUACAAAGCCGAAAAGCUCAAAGGGGAGGAAGUGAAGCCGAAGGGCCGCACAGAGGCGGUGAAUGCAGUGCAAACGGGGCGCAAAUGAUUGUUCCACAAAUGUUCGCACCAAAAGGGCACCUCUGGGAACAAUUGUGCGUCUCAGGGGGUCCGGGUGGCGAGCAGGGGUGCCAAUGUGCCGCCGCGGAGAUUUAAGAAUUACUAAGAAAAGUCCACACUCUCUGACGCUUUAUGUCUGUGGUUUAAUUUUAAACAUUCUUUUACAAAAUGACCUUGUUUUACAAGAAAUUCUUUAAUGAAAAAUAUGACAAUUUUAUGCAUAUCUUGUUGAUGAAUUAUUUCAUUUAUUUCAAUCACAAAAACUCUUUUAUCACAUCGAAUUGAUGGAAUUUUUAUUUAAAUUUCUGUGAAGAUUUUUAAAUGUUUUUUGUGAUGCAUCUGUGGUGGAAAAAAAUCCACACACUGGGUUGGGUUGAGAUUUGAACUCGUAACUAAUGCAUUGAAAGGCAGAAGCGCUGUGCGCUAAGCCACGCAAUGGAUAAAAUCACGAUAAAGUGUAGGACAAGUGUGUGGAUUAUUUGUUUGAGAUUUUAACAUUGAAGGUGGUAAUUGAGGUGCAAUAAUUUAUCAAUAAAUUGAUUAAUUUUUCAUUUGAAAAAAUAUUAUCUUUCCCUUAUCAGUAUUGUUUUUUUUUUAAAUUUUAUUUUGCAAAAAAAGCGAAGAAAAAUGCAAUUGAAGGGACAUUCCAUUUCACAAGCACUUUCGCACAUUCUCUUCACUGAAAAUUUCAUUAGAAAAGAAAAGAAACAUAAAUAGAUAAUCUUUUAGAUGAUUAGUGAACUGAAUACUAAAAAAAUCUACUUUAAACAAUUUACUAAAAAUUAAAGAAAAAAAUGUCUAUUAAUCUAUUUGCAAAUGAAAAAACAACAUAAAAGUAUUCCAAACGAUAGAAUGCAUCUCAAUUCUGAGUUUUUUGCUUAUAAAUGUGUGGAAAAAUUAAGCAUUAGAUUAAAAGUAAAAAAAACAGCGCGCAUUUUAAAAAAAGAAAAAUGCAUUUUGAAUAGAAAAAAGAAAGCAUUUCAGAACUUCAUAAGCAAUUUUUACUGCUCAUUCUACAUAAAAGAAGGUAUAAAGGCAGAAAAGUUUAAUCAUAAGGUAAUGUUUAUUUGAUAAAGAAAGAAAGCAAAGAAGGAAACCCUAAAAGACAAAAAAAAAAAACACUAAAACUUCAUGAAACAUAAACAAAGUGAAUAUUAUCCAAAAAAAAAGAAACGGAGAAAUAGAGGAAAUAAUUAAGUGUGCCAAUUACCAAAAUAUCCACAAGAAAAUAAAAAAAAAUAUCAAAUUGAGUGAAUUUAGCGAUCAAGGAUGAAGAUUUAAAAGAAGUAUAAUGAAAAAAAAAACUGACAAAACGUCCCUUUUCACCAAAUAAAUGCAAAUAAAUGAAUUUUACACUCUUUUUAAAUAAGGCUCCAUCCAUGAAAAGAUAAAAUCAUUAAUUUUUACAAAAAAAAGAAAAGAUAAAUUUUAAAAGUAAAAAAUUUUUAAUGGGAUAUAAACUUUGUCCCAAAAAAAUUUUACCACAGAAUAAAAAAAUAUUUUAUUGCAAUUUUAAAAGGAAAUUUGCAAAAAUAAUUUUUAUGAAAAAGUAAAUGAAAAACUUACAAAUUGUGUAAAUAAAAAUGCAAAUUUUUGUCCAUCCAUUGGAAAAAUUUUUCUCUUUCAAACCUCGUAAGAAAAUGUGUUGAGAAAACUCAGCAUAAAUCGUCCAAAAUAAAGGAAAUUUUCGAAUUUUUGGCUCUAUUUUGAGAAAUAAAUUUCAAAACAUUGCCACAUGCAAAUGAAACUAUUAAUGAAAAUAUAAACAAUUGCAAAAUGAAAAAAAUAAACUUUGAGCACUUUUUUUUUAAGUUGAUGAAAUCAAAAAAAAAGAAAAAGAAUCUUUGGGAACUUGAAAUUUCGAAUUUGUAAAAAAUUUUUGGGAAAAUUUCAAAAAUUAAAAAAAAUAAUUGGUUGUGAUUGUAAGUAAUUAUUAUGUUCAACACCAAAAAUAUUUUUGAAGAGAAUGAAAAGUAGAUUUGAGCGGAAAAUUUGGAUUUUGAUUAGAAUGUUUCGUUUUGGUCAGAAGAAUUCUGAUUUUGGUCAGAAAAAUGUUCUUAUUCUUAGAAGACCAUUUGGCAGACUUUUCUGACAAAACCGAAUAUUCCUCAAGAAGCAAACUCUUUUAAUUUAAAAGUGAAAAAAAAUUAUUUGAUUAAAAAAAAGAAUUUAAAUUAAUUGAAAUUUUCAUCAAAAAAAAAAAAACAAAAUAUGAAUCUGAAAGAAAAAGAAAUAAAAAAUCAUCUAAAUAUGGAAAAUAAAACAUUUAAAUAAAAAUAUAAAAUUAUUGAAACCAUACAAAACCAAAACUAUCUCCUUUCUCAAUAAAGAACUGUCCAAAUAAGAAAUUUCAAGGGCUAAAAAUAAAUAUAAAAAAAUAAAUUCCAAAUUAUCUAAAAAUCCUGGAAAUUCACAAGAAAAAUGAAAGACAAAGUGCACAAACAUUGCCCAAAUAAAAUUUAUAAAAAAAAGCUUAUUAAAAACAACUUUUAAAAAUACAUUAAAAUAUUCUAUACAAAAAAAUAUUCAGACAUUUUUCUUCGUAAAUGUAAAUAAAAGAUAAAAUUAACAAAAAAAAAUAUGUGAGAUGAUCCCUAAAAAAAAACUUAUAUUCGUAUGAAAAAGUAAUAAGAGAGAGGGAGAAAAUUAGAAAUUUCUGCAAAGUAGGAAUUAGUAGAUUGAUAUAAAAUAUUAAUUAAAAAAAAUUCUAGCAAAACAAUGAAAAAAAAAGUAGAUUGGCAGCGAAAUUCUAGAAAGAGAGAGAACCCUAGAAAAACGUGUAGAUGUUUUAUUUAUGCGCUGUAUUAAGGAUUACACUGAAUAUUUGCAGUAAUACACUCUAAGUUUUUAAUCGUGAUAUAGAGCAAAGUUAGUGGGAUAAAUAUUAAUUUUUUUUUGUGAAAAGAUUAAAAAGAAAAAGGAUUUAUUUACAGUUUCUAUUUUUUAGUUGAAAAUAUUGCAUUGAAUCAUUGUGUUAUUAGUUGCGUAGAGAAAGAAAGAAUAAUUAAAAAACAAUUAGUUAGUGUUUUAUUUAAUUUUUUUUAAUAGAAUUGUAGAUUUUUUAAAUGUUGAUUUUCGUUCCUUCCAACAUUUUACGUUUCAAUUUGCCAUACAAAAAUAAAAGAAACUAAAAAAAAAUAUUUUAAUGAAUGGGGAGAAAAGGUAUUUAAACAAAAAAAAGGAAUAAAAAAACAAUUAAGAAAAAAACUAUAAAAAUAUUCGCUAUUUUGCCCAAAAUGAUAAGAAAAAAAAGUAGAGCAACUUAUAAUUUUAUAAGUAAAAGAUAAACAAACAAAAAAUAUGGAAAUAUAUUUAGGCGAGUGAGAAGAAAACAAAGCUAAUAAAAUAUAUUGUCAUAAAAAGGAGAAAAAGAAAGAAAAAAAACUUUAAAAAUAAAACAUAUGAAUAGCAAAGUCAUGUUCAUUCCAAAAUUGUAUGUUUAAAGUAAAUAAAAUUUCAGAAAAGUCUCAA